AUGAAGCGAAAUGUUCAGUUGAUUGUGGUGGGGUUGCUACUGCUAUUAGCGCUCGUGGGGGUCAUUGUGGCUUCGGCUGCAUAUUCCACGGCAUGGGGACUCUUUGUCUUGCUUCCUUAUGUGUUGCUGCCUAUGACAGCGGCUAUUUUCUCCUCGUUGGCAGGAAGUAACGACCUCAGUGCCUGGACAAGUUUUGGGUGUUUCUUUGAAGCUUUUCUCUGGAUCACAGCGCUUGCCAUUCCCUCGAUUUUGUAUCGAGUGAACGCAAUCAACGGAUCUCAAAUGGGCUGGCUGCUGGCGUCUGACGUAUUAGUGCUUGCGUCCUUUAUGAGUUUGGCGUUAGUUAGCGGUGAUUAA